AUGGCACUUUUUCGCUGGCUUCGAGAAGUGCAGACACUGCACUUCACGGACGAGAUCACCGCAGUCGCAGCUGGACGCUCCGUCGCACCAAGCAGCACAUUAGCCAAGCUGACUCCGUUCCUCGACGACCAUGGUGUUCUGAGAGUGGGAGGUCGGCUUAAGAACGCCCUGCUGGCACAAGAUGAGAGGCACCCGAUGAUCAUUCCAACCUCGUCGUGGCUGACUCGUCUGCUGGUGGAAUCCUGUCACUGUCGGACGCUGCAUGGCGGAGUGCAACUUACCCUGGGGCUGUUUCGACUGCGCUUCUGGAUUCCACGAGGACGCACAGUUGUAAAACAGCAACUACAUCGUUGCGUCACCUGCACAAGAUGGCGAGCAACGACGCUUCAACCACCGAUGGGUAAUCUACCCCGCGAUAGGGUCACUCCAACUCGGCCAUUUCUGCGCACUGGAGUGGACUAUGCAGGACCCAUCCUCAUCCGGACGAGCAAGGGACGAGGACACCGCGCCUAUAAGGGCUAUAUCGCAGUAUUCAUCUGUUUUUGGUCCAGAGCCAUCCACCUCGAACUUGUCUCGGAUUACUCUUCAGAGGCCUUCAUCGCCGCUUUACGUCGCUUUGUCUCACGUCAAGAUCUCUGUACGGACAUAUACAGCGACUGUGGAACGACCUUCAUCGGGGCUGACCGCACUUUACGGGAGCUCUUCGUCGCUGCAUCCACAGAGGGUCGUGGAAUCGCACGCGUAGCUGCUGAACAUGGCAUACGGUGGCACUUUAAUCCACCAGCAGCUCCGCACUUCGGCGGAUUGUGGGAGGCAGCCGUCAAAUCCGCUAAGUAUCACUUACGAAGAGUGAUCGGUGAAACCACUCUCACCUUUGAGGAACUGACCACUCUCCUCACACAAAUUGAGGCCUGUUUAAAUUCUCGUCCAUUACAGGCACUCUCUGACGAUCCAAACGAUAUUACAGCACUGACUCCGGGCCACUUCCUGAUCGGCGCGCCGCUUCUCGCCAUCCCGGAGCCAAUACAGGAGGACAACCGUGGAUCCGCAGCAUCACGAUGGCAUCAUUUCCAGGCGAUGCGAGACCACUUUUGGCGGAGAUGGUCGGGAGAGUACAUCCAUGGACUCAUCUCACGACCUAAAUGA